UUUUUAGAAAGUUAAGACUAAAAACAAUAACUAAAGAAGUUAUAUUAGCCUAUAACUAUGUGUGCCUCUUACUUGUUCAAUUGUUUGUAUUACAUAAAAGUUGCAAUGAUCCUACCAAAAGACUAAGAAGUCUAGAAAGUUACAUACAUGAUCAAUUAUUCAACUAUCAGUUUCCGUGACAAUGUUUGCUAUAUGGUGCUAAGAUUAAUUGUAAACUUGAAAUAUAGCACUGAUAGUUGCUAUAAAAAGUGAAAUAAAAUUCUUGUUAUUCUAACAGUGUUUGAUGGACUAUUGAUUAGUUUCUCUCUAUUAUACUUUCAUUGAUUUGUCCCAGGAAAUUCUGUUGUUUUGCAUAUCUAUACAGUACAAGAUACAACUUGUUACAAAGUUAUGCAAAUGAUUUCAUUAUUGGAUUUGGGUUGUUUUAACAUUUGACGUUUCCAUAUUGGACUUGGGCUUCAUCAGGGAAAGUUUUACAAAAUGCAUAAAAUCGUGGGACUUGGUUUUGUAACAUAGUUUUAAAUAUUUUGGCAGAAUAAAAACUUUGUGGAUUUUUCUCUGCGUGAGAUACUCAGUCGAGGAUGAUGAUGUUCCAGAUCUGAAAGAAUUAAUGAAGAAAAAGAAACGAACUUUUGAAGUCUCUCGCCCACAAGGUUAUUUCCAUACAGAAUAUUCUGUACUUCCUGGCACAUCUCCAACCGUCACAGAUCUGGUGUUGUAUGGUCCAUUGUUUAGACUCUUCAAAUAUCCAGACGCUGCAAGAAAUGAAAGAACUUGGCAGGAAGGAGACCUUACUUGGGUGGCAUGGACUCAUCAUCAAACUGUUGAUAUAAACAAAGAUGUAUUAUUGAAGUUAUUUGACCAUACCCUGGAAAUGCGUGUUUGGAACAUCAAGGAGAAACUGAAACCUACAGCUAAAAACGAUAGACUAAACAAACCUAUCAAAUUGCCUUCAAACAGAUCAGGGGAUGUAGAGAACAGAGGGGUCAGGGCUAAGGUAUCAAAACAAUUCAAGAACUUCAACAAAUUACAGCCCAAGAAAUCAACAGAUUUACGUCCUUUGCCAACACAGGUGUCUUUUACCAAUUUAGAAAUGGCAAACAAGAAAAAAGAAGAACCAGUAGCAGUUGCUAAGUCUCAGGAUGAUAAUACAUCUGACAAAAAAUCUCAGAAGUCUCGCCAGGGUUCUCCUACACCUAAGACAUUGAUGGGUGUUCCAAGUGCAGCUAUAGAGGAUGGAAGAAAUUCCUUCAGUAGAUUAGGUCGAUUAGCUGGACCAGAUGCUGCACCAGGAUCUCCAAAAAGACAAUCUCCAAAAAGAGAUUCUCCAAAGAGUAAAGCAGGAAGUUCAGGAAAACAAAGUCGUCAGUCAGGAUCACCAACACAGAGACACAUCAAAUCAUCAGCAUCAUUGGGUUCUAGUAAAGGUGGUGGAUUUGUAGAAAAGGAACUGACCCAGAUGAGACCCAGACGUCCAAAGCGUAUGGAUGCAGCAACAAGGGAGGCAACAGAACAUGCCAAGCAAUAUGGUGUUUGCAUGAUACCAAUCAAACUAUCCAGACUAUUUUCAGUCGAUUUAGAGGGCAAUGGAGUGAGGACAGUCACGAACAGAUUAGAGAGCCCUGUACCUGGGGUAGAAGAUUGUUUUGUAACAAUAGAACUUGAUGAUCAAUUGAUGGCAGACAUACACAAAGAACAACUUAAUCCUAUGAUAUUUAAAAUUUCGUCAGCCAAGAAUAUGCCAGAAACACCAUUAUCAUAUAGUGAUCUUAGCUUAAGAUGCCAGCCUGUAUAUUGUAAAUAUAAGUUCUACAAACAGCCAGAACAUAUCAGUGUAGGGAGAGAACAUGGUAAAAACAUCUACUGGGAUGAUAUAAAUGUUGUUUUAGCAGGUACAAUAGAGCCAUCAGAAUUAAGGCAAUAUCUAAACGGACCAGCUUUUGAACUAGAAAUACACGAUCGUGACAGGAAAGGGGAAGAGUGUAAACCAAAACCAGCAUUGUUUGGAGAUGACCUUGAGGAUGAAAAGAUUAGUAAUGUUGGCACUGUAGCAAGUAGAAGGACAAUAAAUAACCCAUUUGUAGGUAGAAACAAACCUUGGGAUCCAUAUGGUGUUGCCAAGUUAGAUUUAUCAGAACUUUUAUUAGGGCAUCAGUAUAUACAUAUAAAAGUUCCCAUACAUAAUUGCACAGUUCCAGAAGUCUUAGGAAAUGGUGAUAAAAUAGACGGAAAGGUCGUUGGAAUGACUGGAGCUGUUGAUGGACCAGUUGAUAAACCAUUACCAGCAGGACAUUACAUUCAGUCACAUACUAUGCUAAAGGUCAAAGUUGAAGUGGCCUAUCCUUUGGUCAGUGUAAAGAAAGUGUCAGACAAAAUUGAAUAUCCACUUACAAUAGAGUGUCCCUUUAGUAGGAUAGUAUUUAUGUUUGACUACAAGAACACCAGCAUGUUAACCAGAUUACAAGAACUUGUUGUGGAGAUCAAUGCCCAAGCUUUAGAACUAGAUGACAUGCCUCAACAUGUAAUUAAUGCUGCCUUGUCAACUUAUAAACUUUCACUAGAACAACAAAGAAGUAGAGAUUUAGAUAUAGUAACAGGUUUCCAGCUUAUGGAUGGAGAUAUGCAUCUUUUUAUACUUGAGGGAAUGAGAGAAAGGGCUGUGAUGUCACUAUGGGACUCCCUUCCUAGACCGGAAAAUACAGAUGUUCGUGUAUUAUAUAACUCUGACUAUAGUUUUGGAGAAAGAUUAUAUGGACCAUUGGAUGUUGAUCUAUGUAGAGUUAAGCUUCAUGAACCCCUGUCUAUUAUAGUCCAGCAACCUUUAUUGUAUGUCAGAGACAUGGUGCCUAGACCGUGUUUUGAAGCUCUAGUCAAAUUGUACGAGAUAACAAAGUUAACUCAGAUGAAAAAUGUUGUGAGGAAUGGCUUGUUUCCAACAGCUGAUAUGGUGAUAUCUAUGAGUAAAGAAUUUGGUGUUCCUUUAACACAGGAGGACUUUGAAGAAUUACAACCAGUAAGAGAAAAGACAAUGGAGGAAACUGAAGUGAGAGUUGAAGAAGAACCAAAUAUUCUAAGGCAGACGUCCAGAAUCUGGACUCCUAUUGACCACUUGAACACAGAUUACAUAGAAAAAUUGGCAUCACCAGAUAAAGAAAAGACUAAAUUGGAUUUUAUCAAGGAGAAUAAGGAAAUGAUUAAAUUUGCCAGUGAUAUCAACAAAGCUGAGAAUGACAUGAAUAAAGUUCCUACAGUUAAAGCUGAUGUCAAGGUGGCACAUAACUAUAGCACACAUCAUCUCAAUUCAACAGAACUCGCUAAAGAAAAUCUCAGACAGAUGUUGGCUCAGAACCCUGACACAAGAUAUACUUACUGCCAAGACUAUCAUCACUCAAUGACCGUAGUACCAGUUAAUGUUGAAGCUCUGAAGAAACAAGCAGAGGCUGAGUCAAAGGCUCGGUGGAAGACAGAGAAAGGAUUGAUUUAUCCUGGUUUUAGGACAAUGCAGGAGAGUAAUAUACAUCCCAAGAAACCAGGAACACCAAGGAGAGACUCUCUACGAGAGCAAUGGAUUGAAAACAUACUCCAUGUUGGAUUGCUACAACCACCACUUAAUAGAGACAAGUUCCCAUGGCAACACCGAUCAGAAGACCUUGAACUCUAUAGGAGACCAGCCACAACAUUUGGCAGGGAACCAGUCACAAUUCAUCUGGCAGGACAAAAACUUAAACAAGAAAAAUUAGAAGCCUUUAAACAAGACUAUGAAACUUGGAAAUCUAAGAUAAUUGUGAAGGAUCCGAGGGGACAUUUUCACAGAUGUUUACCAGAAACAGAAUUGAACGAAAAAGGCCAGAAUCAAAUUGAUAAAUUGAAAGGUUUAUUGAAAGAAAAGCCAGAAAAAUUAAGUUUGAAACGACCAGGCUUUUCCUUGAGAGACAUACCACCAUUAAAUGUUGUUCUAAAUCCAAGCGUAGACUCAUUAUCCAGACUGGAAGGCAAGCCUUUAUUACCUGCCGUUCCAGGAGAAGGAAAUGAGAAAAACAAAGGAUUCAAUCCAGGACCAUUUGAGGAAAACAGCUGGGUGAUGGAAAAGAAUAAGAUACCAGUACCAGACUAUGAACACCAAAGAUUCAGGUUUAAAAAAGGACAGGACUUUAAUGCAAUACAUAAAGAAAGGGCAUUACUUCACAGAAAGGAUAUCAUCCCUUUAACAGAUACUGAGAGAGAUAAUCAUUUGUUUAGAAUACCUGAUGAUCCAAAACGAUUUGGAGCACUGCCGGAACUGACGCUAGGACCUGAGAACCCUGCCCAGGAAUCAAGAACAUCAAUUAAUCAAUCAGCUGUGGAUCCAAUGAACUCACAAACAAAUAUGAUGACAAACAGUCAAGCACAAUUAGAAACUGCUGUUCAGUAGUGAUUUACCUCAGAGAUUUCUCACAAGAGAUAUUUCAUAACAUGUCAUGCUUGUGCUUUAUAUAUCAAUUGGAGAUAUUUUAAUGAAUUCAAAUACUUGUAAAGGGGGAUAAUUUGUUUGAAAUUGUCUUCUGCUGCAAUUAUCUUGUGCUGUAUAAAUUCUCUCCCUUUUCUUGCAUGGGUACAGUGACUGUUUAACCAUUCCUGUUUAAUGUGCAUAAAAGGGAUGGAUGCAUUGCAGUAUAUUUAUAUGCAACAUUGUGUAUUCAUAUAUUGCAUUUGAGUGAAGUAUAAUAAAGUAAAUAUAUGUAGAAUCAGAAGUCCAUCACUAGUAAUGGAAUAGUAAUGGACAAGUAAUUGUCUAGUUAUUGACUAGUAAUGGACAAUUAAUGGACUUCUGAGAGUAAGUCAGUUAUCCAUUUUUAUCUUAAAAGAUCAGAUGAAACUUUAGAGUAGAAACAAGUUAGAAACAGGGUUCUGUAAAUGAUUUUUAUUUGUGGCGUACUAAUUUACAUUGUUUACAUUAAUUUCUUUAACCGCAAAGUACUAAUUUUCAACAAAGAAAAUCACCAAUAAAGUAUUUAUAAUGUUUAAUCUUUUAUUUUAACUUUCAAUCUUUUAAUUCAAGAUCCCACCAACCACUAAAUUUCAGUAAAUCACAGAAUUGGAUCAACAAUUAAUGUUGAUUUUAUUGUAUUGAGUAGUUAUAUCUAUUUUUUUAUUAUUCCUAUUCUAAGGAAAAAAUGUUUUUGGACUAAGUUUACCUGCAAAGGAAAACCAAACAGAAAGUACCUCCUGAUACUAAGUCUAAAAAGUUUACUUAUGGUGCUUAUUUUUCAUUAUAAAAGUAGUGAGAUGUGCAUUCUAGAGAAGAGCUUACUUUCUGUGUAUAUAUGCCAACUCUUCCCUUAUUGGUUUCCUUUUCCACACAGCAAAUGACUGUUCCAGAAUUGAUUGUGAAGGGGCGAAAGACCCUUUUAUUCAAAUUUAACGGGUGGUGAUUAUUUUAGAAAGUAAGCUUAAAGAGUUAUAGGAAAUAAUCAAUUAAGAUUUUAUGCAUGGGAAGGUAAAAUAAAAAGUGCCUUCUAAUCCCAGUUUUAACAGCCCUAACCAAUAUUUGAAACCCUAAUCAGUUUAUGAAUCUCUAUAUUAUAUUAUUAUUAUUGUUAUUAAAUGUCAUUAUUAUGAUAUAAGUAGGCUGGCUAAUUUAUACCAUAACUCGUUUUAUUUUACAUGCAAUUGACCUGACUGAAAGUGUUGCCAGAAAAUUCUGUUUAAAUGCAUAAAGUAUCUCAGAACUGGAUUAAGUUUUAAUUUUAAAAUAUAUGAGAAUUUAAGGGGCCUUCUUAUAAUAAAAUUGAUAAUAAAUGUAAAUACUUAUUACCAGGCAAUAGUCUUUUUGUGGUCUUUAACUGCUGUGUAUAUUUGGAAUUAACUGCUGCAGUACUCUGCUGAAUUGUAUAUAGUAUUUUAGAUUUAGUUUUUACAUUAUUUAUAUAUUUAUUUUGUAUAAAGGACAUGAAUUUAAAAUUUGUCUUACCAAAUCGGUGGUAAACUGCUGUCAUAAUAGAUAAUAAUUGUAUAGAAUUAAAUAGAGUUGUCAACUCUCCAAAUGUUGGUGAGAGGUCCCCGAUAAAACAAAGGAAAUCCCCUGCUGAAGGCAAGUCUUAAAACUCUACAAACUGGCAAUUGUUUCCCUCUUAAUUGACUACAAAUAGUCAAGUUGUCUGUUUUUGCUUAAGCAGUGUUCUGUAAAGCGGGAAACUUAUGUGAUGAGUUUAUUUUUCCUUUACUUUGUGAUUAAGGUCAAUUCUUAAAGAUAUUCCCUGGAUUAUAUUAAAUUUUUGACAACAAAAACAACAAAAUAAAACCUCACAAAUCUGUUUAGCCAUAGAAGUAGUGAAAUUUGAACUCCGCCAAAAAAAGCAUGUAACAGUAUUUUUUACAAAAUAUACAGUGCCCAAUCUACCUUACAUAAAUGACUGAUUAAUUGUUGUUCUAGCCUAUUAAUUCAUAAAGGAAAUGACUGAAUGAUUGUUAUGAUAAUUUCAAUCAAAAAUAUACAAUUUCUUCUGCAGCUAAUCUCCCAAUAGCGAAAAAUUCAUCAGAGGGAAAUUUUUUUUUUGGGGUUUUGGAAAGUUGACAUCUAUUAUACUGUAGUAUAGUAUUAGUGCCUUGUACAGUUAGGACUAGAUGUCAGUAUUUGAUAUUUCAAAGGGAAAUUUCUAAUAUUGAUGUUAAGUAAUUGUUUAUAAGCAAAAUGUGAUAUUUUUUAUUUUUUUUUUUUAAUUUUAUGAAUAUAUUAUUCAUGUGUGACUAUUCCAUUCAGUUAUUUUGUUUUAUAAUUUUAUUGAUUAAUUCCAUUCAUUCCAAGUUCAGGGCUCAGAUUCAACAAAAAAUAUUUCUAUUAUGAAUAAUAGUAAAUAAUUUCUGUUUAGAAACUUUGAAAUUAGGGAAUAAACCAUGGAUGCAAUCAUCCAUUUUGAAGUUUCAGUGAUUCCCUUUUGUAGCUUAAUAUUUUGAUUAAGCUCUGGCAUGUUGCCAAUUUUUGGAGUGAUGCUUUAUAUGUUACUACCAUAAUUAUAUCAAUGUAAUUUUCUGUUUUAAUCUUUUAUUGUCAUGCACAAAUACCAUCAAAAUGUUUAUUAUAUUUGUUUUAAUAGUAUUUUUAUUUUUGUUCAUAUGAAAUCAUUAUUUCACAAAUGGUGCCUAGAACUCUAUUUUCCAGUAGAUAGUCAACUGUUAUUUCUUAUAUGUUUGUCAUUAAUAUUAGUCAAUAUCAAAGUUUACUCAUGAAAAUUUUCUGAAAGUUGUUAUAUUAUAAAAUUAACAGUAAAAUUGUAUUUUUGUAAAGAAAAGUUUAUCUUAGAGGCAUUGGAUACCCUAAAAAAUGACUAUGUACUUUAACGUUAUUUAAAGACCCGUUGAAAAUUUGAAAUUGAAUUUUGACAUGGUAACAUCUUAUUCUAAUUUAGCUAUGAAGAAUCAAGUUUCAUCCUAAAAAGCCACAAUUUUAUUUUAAAGAAUGUGUUAUUUUAAUUCUAUUUAAACUUACUUCUGGUGUCUAUGAAUUUAAUCUUAUUAAAAAAAACCAAUUGAAGAUAUGUCUGGAAAUCGUUGAUGCAAAUAAAUGGGUGAACACCUAACUGAUUUAUGCUCUAUUUUAAAUUUUUUAAGUAGGAGUUUCAAAAACCAUCAUCUUUUUUUUAAGUGUCUCUACUCUUUUUUCAAGAGAAUCCUAUUGUAACAAGUUUAAAUGGAAUCUAAUUUAAAUGCAAGCAUCAGUUAUAUAACCAUGCAGACAUGACAUAGUUAAUUAAUUAUUGUUAAUUUUACACUUAUGUAUUCUGUUUUCUGUGAUAAAACACUUGUUAUUUUUGUGAUUCAGUAUUGAAUACAGUUUUGUCAUAACUGA